AUGGUUUUCCAAAUCUACGACGGGAAUAACUCUCAAAAGCGCAAAAACGCUGCCGUAAUGAAGGAUGGCUCUUCCUCCGUCUUUCAGAUUCGCCUUUGGGCGGUGUUUCUUUUCACAGCUUUACUUGGAUCGGUAUCGAUUCUACUAACGCUCUCCAGCGCUUUCACUAAUCAGAUUAAUUUCUGCUCAGAGUCUGCUCGGCAAUAUGAACCAGGGCCAGUUUCUUGGAGACAAAGCGCCAUGGCAUUUCAAGCAGUCAAAGCCCAUCAAAAAUUCACGGAAAAGAGUAUUCAGCGGGAAAUGCCAGUCACCCUUGCGCAGGCCCAUCCCACUUCAUCAAUGAUACUUAUUCGCGCUCUGGGCAACGCCUUACCGCCGAGACAUAGUACGCAGCAAACUUUGGAAAAUCUUGACUUCAUUCUGGCGCACGAAGAGUCGUUUCCCAACACAACACGACACUGGUUUGUCAAUCGCUUCGUCGAUCCCGAGGUGGAACGACUAGUCCUGGACCGACUUCAGAAGGCUAACGAAUCCUACACUGUCAUUCCAUUUGACUUGCAGGUCUACGACAAAAUUGAAUACGCAUAUGAUCGGAUCCCCAAGGACCAGAUUCAUCUCCCUCCUGAAACAAUAGAAGGGGAGGGACUCACGGAGAAGGAAAUACUUCUUACCGAAGAGCAGAUACAGCAUGACAAGAUUCUAUAUGUCAUCAAUAUUAAUGGGGUCAGGAAUGCCAUGCUAGACUACGGCCGCAAACAUUCCAGUGCUGAAUACAUUCUUCCUUGGGACGGUAACUGUUUCAUGACGCGAAAGGCGUGGUCUUCGAUCCAGUCGUCUUUGGCCGAAAAUCCGCUUGCCAGGUACUUCACAACGCCCAUGGAUCGACUCCAAGAGCCCAACGAAGCUCUACUAUCGGAUAUGUACGUGCACAAUGCGGUGGAAGAGCCGCAGAUCAUUUUUCAUCGAUCGGCUCGGUCCGAAUUUAAUGAAAAACUUCGGUAUGGACGAAGAAACAAAGUUGAGCUGCUUUUGAGGCUUGGUGUGUCGGGGCCUUGGGACAAAUGGCCGUGGUUGGAUAGUGAGAAGGCAAUUCUGGAUCCAGCCCACGCUUCUGACGCUGUUGGCGAUGUACCAGUAGCUGGUUGGAUAACGCGGCUGUAUUCAGGAACCAAAGCUGCCGAAGUAUCUGGUACAAUUCGUUUUCGAGGCAUACUUCGAAGCCAUGCCGUCACAUCGCUUCUGGAACGGCUUGACCUUCGAGCUGCACAAGACAUACACGGCUUGACUUCUUCAACAUUACUUUUCUUCAACGAAAAGCAAUUGAUGGGGGAGCGCAACCUCUGGAAGGCAGGUGAGCAGAAAGAAGUCUUUCGAGAGCUAGUGCAACUGGCUGACCAAGCGCUACUGUUUGGACCUUGGUCGGUUAUGGAUAAGCAGCCUUACGGCUGUGGUGGCCACAGAGGAAUGAAUCUGGACACAUCGACUGGUCGAAACCGUUUGAGCGGCAUGACGGUAUGCGUGCGCCCGGUACAUCCCUCUUUAGCGCCGGAAGUGAGCAGUAUGAUCGAUCUGGUUUGGCUGCAAUGA